CAUCAGUAUAGAAUUAAGAAGAAGAAGAAGAAACAGAGCAAGCAGGAGAAGAAAAAUGGAGGGGAAAUGGAGUUUUAGGGCUAAUUUCUUGGAGAAUGUUAGGCCUUACAUAGCCAUGGUUUGUCUGCAAUUUGGGUAUGCUGGAAUGACUAUAAUAACCAAAGUUUCACUGAAUAAGGGCAUGAGCCAUUAUGUCUUGGUUGUUUAUAGACAUGCCUUUGCCACUGCUGUCAUUGCUCCCUUUGCACUUCUUCUUGAAAGGAAAAUGAGGCCAAAGAUGACUUUCCCAAUUUUCAUGCAAAUAUUUGUAUUGGGUCUUCUAGGGCCAGUGAUCGAUCAAAACUUCUUCUAUGCUGGACUGAAAUAUACAUCCCCAACUUUUGCGUGUGCCAUGAGCAACAUUCUACCCGCAAUGACCUUUGUCAUGGCAGUAAUCUUCAAGAUGGAAAAGGUGAACAUAAAGAAGGUCAGAUGCCAAGCAAAGGUUGUGGGAACACUUGUGACAGUUGGAGGAGCCAUGCUAAUGACAUUAUACAAAGGCAGUGUAAUCAACCUUUUCUGGUCCAACCACAUACACUUACACAACCAAAAUUCCUCAACUGCCCCUGCAUCAUAUGAUAAGGAUUGGGUUAAGGGCUCAAUUCUCCUCAUCCUUGCUACUCUUGCUUGGGCUUCUUUCUUUGUCCUUCAGGCUUUUACACUUAGGAAGUACACUGCUCAGCUGUCUCUAACAUCAUUGGUAUGUUUCAUUGGAACACUGCAAUCUAUUGCAGUGACUUUUGUGGUGGAGCACAAAAUCUCUGUUUGGAGCAUUGGGUGGGACGUAAAUCUGCUUGCCGCUGCUUAUGCUGGUAUAAUUUCUUCAGGAAUUGCAUACUAUGUGCAAGGUGUGGUAAUGCAGAAAAAAGGGCCUGUCUUUGUGACAGCAUUCAAUCCACUGAUGAUGGUCAUUGUUGCAGUCAUGGGAUCCUUAAUACUGGCUGAGAAAAUCUAUGCUGGAGGGGCUCUUGGAGCAGCACUGAUUGUGAUCGGAUUAUACGGUGUAUUGUGGGGAAAAUACAAAGAAUGCAAGGAGAAGGAAACAGAAGAAAUUCAAGAACCAGAUAAGGGUAUUAAUGCAGGGAAAAAUAAUGAUGAAAAAAUGGUGGUGAUUAUUGAAGAAGGGGAAGAAAAUGACAUUGAAAUGCAGAAGAAAGCUCCUUCACUAAUAGCUAUUUCUCCUAACAAUUCACAACCCCCCAUGAUAGCUAGGGAAGCUCCAAUGCCUUAACUUAAAAUUUUUAGAAAUAAAUGAAAACAAACCCAGGAAGGCUUUUUAUUUUAUUUUAACUAGACUUUUUAGUUUUGAGUUUCUCUUUUUCCUUUUGUAAAGUUGCUAUGUGACAUCUUCUAUGAGAAAAGUUUUUUUCCAUGGGUUUUAAAUAUUCC